UCAUCUCUUUUUUUACUGUCCGCUGACUUGGUUUUCCCAGUAUUGUGCGAAUUAUGCUCUCCUAGCUGACGAAGACUGAGAGAGUAAAAAGUAAAAGCGAUUCAGAGCGAAAGAAAGUAGACGACGGUGGAAGGAAGUAGAUCAUGCUUCCCACUUCGGAGAGGGAGUGAGAAGAGAAAGCGAAAGUAAGCUUCUUCUACAAAGAUCGGUCGUGGCUGAGUGUCGGAUUGAGGAGAUUUGAGUGUUUUAGGGCUUGUUUCCUUUUCCAAUUCGGACUCCGAAAUGGCGAGUCCGCUGUCCGCCGGAGUUACUUUGAAUUCCGGCAAGGGUUUGUCUCUGACACCUGGUUCUAGGGUUUUGCAAACCCCACUUGCCGAUGAAGCUAUCUGGAGGCGUCUGAAAGAUGCCGGCCUCGACGAGGAAUCCAUUAAACGUAGGGAUAAAGCUGCGCUUAUUGCUUAUAUAGCUAAGCUCGAAGCUGAGAUAUUUGACCACCAACACCAUAUGGGCCUUCUCAUACUAGAAAGGAAGGAGUUGGCUUCAGAUUAUGAGCAGAUGAAAAACAAAGCUGAGACAGCUGAAUUACUUUGUAGGCGUGACCAGGCUGCCCCCUUGUCGGCUUUAACUGAAGCAAAGAAACGGGAGGACAGUUUGAAGAAGGCUAUUGGUAUCAAGGAAGAGUGUAUUUCAAGUCUUGAGAAGGCUUUGCACGAAAUGCGUCUAGAAUCUGCUGAAUCCAAGGUUGCAGCUGAGAGUAGAUUGACUGAAGCACGCAUUAUGAUGGAGGAUGCUCAAAAAAAAAUUAUUGAGGCUGAAGCCAAACUACAUGCAGCAGAAUCUUUACAGGCGGAAGCUAACCGGUGUAAUCGUGCUGCAGAAAGAAAGCUCCAGGAAGUUGAGGCACGGGAAGAUGACCUAAGGAGACGUAUGGCAUGUUUCAAGUCUGAUUGUGAUAAGAAAGGGGAGGAGAUUGUGCUUGAGAGGCAAUCUUUAAGUGAAAGACAGAAAGGGUUGCAGCAGGAACAUGAGAGAUUACUUGAUGGACAAGCUUUGCUUAAUCAGCGGGAGGAAUAUAUAUUAAGCAAGUCUCGAGAGCUAAAUCGAUUUGAAAAAGAGUUGGAGGAGUCCAGAGCUAACAUAGAGAAUGAGCGCAGAGCAAUUCAUGAUGAGAAGUCCAAGUUGCAACUCACAGAAGUGUCUUUAUCUAAGAGAGAGGAGGCCGUCAAUAGAAUGGAAAUUUUGCUGAACAGGAGAGAGCAAGAGCUACUUAUUUUACAGGAAAAAAUUGUGACAAAGGAAUCUAAUGAAAUUCAAAAAGUUGUUGCAAACCAUGAAAGUACUUUGAGAACAAAGAUAUCAGACUUUGAUGCUGAGCUGCAAGUUAAGCAGAAAGCAGUUGAAGAUGAAAUUGAAGGCAAGAAACGUGCUUGGGAGUUGAGAGAGUUGGACCUUAAACAGUGGGGUGAGCAACUCUUGGAAAAGGAACAUGAUUUGGAGGUUCAAUCUAGAUCAUUGGUAACAAAGGAGAAGGAGGUAGAGGAAUUAUCUAAGUUUCUUGAUGAGAAAGAGAAGAACCUGAAGGCUGCUGAGCAGGAGCAUGAACUUAAUAAAGCACUCCUGCAAAAAGAGAAAGAUGAGUGCUCUAAAAUGAAGCUAGAGCUUCAACACUCCAUUGAUUCUCUGGAAGACAGAAGGAAACAAGUUGAUUGUGCGAAGGACGAGCUUGAAACCAUUAGGAGUGAAACAAAUGAUUUAUCCCGACUAGAGAUGAAGCUUAAAGAAGAACUUGAUUCGAUCAGAGUUCAGAAACUGGAAUUGAUGGAUGAGGCAGAUAAGUUGAUGGUCGAGAAGGCCAAAUUUGAAGCUGAGUGGGAGACGAUUGAUGAAAAAAGAGAGGAGCUGCGGAAGCAAGCUGAGAUUCUAGCUGCAGAGCGGUUAGCUAUGUCCAAGUUUAUCGAAGAUGAACGUGAUAGCCUUAGAUUGGAGAGGGAUGUAAUGCGAGAUCAAUUCAAAAGUGAUAUGGAGACUCUUUCUCGUGAGCGAGAGGAAUUCUUGAACAAGAUGACACGUGAACGUUCUGAGUGGUUGAAUAAAAUGCAGCAAGAACGUAAAGAUUUGCUAAUGGAUGUUGAGGCACAGAAGAAGGAGCUUGAGAAUUGUCUUGAGCAGAGGCGUGAAGAAUUAGAGAGCCAUUUGAGGGAAAAAUUGAAAAACUUUGAGCAAGAAAAGAAGAAUGAACUGGAGAAAAUUAGCUUCCUCAAAGACAAAGCAACUAAGGAUUUGGAAGAGGUUGCAUUAGAAACAAAAAAGCUUGAAACUGAGAGACUGGAGAUUAAGUUAGAUCGUGAAAGAAGAAAUAAAGAAUGGGCUGAACUGAACACUUCCAUUGAGGAACUCAAGGUUCAAAGGGAGAAACUAGAAAAGCAGAGGGAGUUGUUGCAUGCUGACAGGGAGGAAAUUCUUGCUGAGAUUGAACGCCUAAAGAAAUUUGAGAAUCUGAAAGUUGCUUUGGAUAACAUGGCUGUGGCUGAGAUGAGCCAAUCUGAUUUGGAACCUGCUCAGCCAAUAAGUUCUCCAAGAAGACGUCUGAAGCAGCGGGGACUUGUUAGAGAUGCUGAUUUGAAUUCACAGCACCAGACAGAUACUCAAAAGAUCACUAAUGGCUUUGAGUCCCCAUCUACGCUCAAAUUAGAUGGUGAUUCACAUCCUACUUCUACUCGUUUCUCAUGGAUUAAACGUUGCUCUGAGUUGAUAUUCAAGCCAUCUCCUGAAAGAGAGAGGCCGUUUAUAAGGGAUCCUGAUGAAAAACGGAUAAGUCAGGCUGACAAAUCAAGCUCAAUUCCUGGACAACUUUUUCAGUCUCAGGAUUUUGAGAUGGAGAGGGGUAAGGGAAAGUCUCAAAGAACUAUUGCCGACUGGCAGGAUGUGAAAUGUGCUAAUGAAGAACCAAAAGUUAUUGUUGAAAUACCCCCUGCAGGAAAGGACAUGAAAGGAGUACCUGUUCUGGAAUCUGAGAUUGUAAAUGAUGUUACAUUGUCUGAUAGUAGGCUUUUGGCUGGAAGGAAAAGGAGCGCUACCAACAUAACUCAUACCGACUCCCUGGGACCAUUGGAGUUAGAAAAUAACAAUAAGAAACAGAGACAACAAGAAAUUUUUGUGAUCCCUGCGGAAGAUGAUCCUAGUUGCCCUGAAGAAGCAACCCAGAUGAAUGUGCCGGAGGAUCUUAAGGCAUUUGUGUCAUCCACAGAAAACCAAAAAAGUGUCAAGGAGGCUGAAGUUGUUAUUGUAAAUACAGACAUUCAUGUCAUUGAAGUUACAACUUAUAAACAGAAGAACGCUGACAUAUCUUCUGACCAAAAUUUGUUGAACCAACAGGAAAAUCUUUCAGAAAAAUACUGAAGUCCAUGGAAUGGCUCUGCAUAUACACUUACAAAAUGUUGAUCAAGCUGCUGUUUUCUGUCAGGAAUAGGAAAUACGUCUCCGCGAAAGUAACAGAAGUGUAGAGAGAGCCCGGAGGAGAGGAAAGAAAAAUCCUUGAUAUGUUGAGAAAGGAAUGUGUAAAGAGAUCAUCUCAGAAUCUAUCUCUUUUUACUGUUUUUUUGGUGUUCUUGUGGCGAUGAAUCAAAACUAAUUUUUGGCAGAGCGCUUGUGGAAGUUUCGUGUCUCUGACUUCACACUCUUCUAAGGUAUAGGUAUAGAGGGUUGUUAUUUCCUUGCCUGUUAAUAUUCUCAUUUGCUUCGAAUUAAGAUGUCAAUAGAUAGCUUGAUAGUAGAAAGGGCUUUUAGUAGCCAUGCCUAGAAUUGUGGGUUGGGCUGUCCGUGGUGUAUAUGCUUUUCCUAUUGACCGUGUUUGUUGAAGUAAUGGGUUUGAAAAAUGAUCUCUUUUCUAUAAGCCUAUUUCUGAUUCGUUUGCUGUAAUUCGAGUAUUGAUAAUUAAUCUAGUUCGGAGUUGGUGCUA